UUAAAUUGUAUUCGAACGCUGAAGUGAACGGUCGUACAUUUCCAAAACUGCGCGAGUUUCAAUACUCUAAUCAAAUGAAAAAAAGUUCUAAAAACCAAUUCAUAAGAAAACUAUUUAGCACAAAAAAAGUUGAAGUGUUUAUAAAAAAGUCUGAAAAAACUGUGUAGUGCGAAAAAAUUAAAAAAUAAAAAAACGUUGAAAACAUACUUUUACUAAAAGCGACUAUCAAAAGUGGAUAUAUUUUAUUAAAAAAAAAUAAUAAUAAUAAACAAAAACUGCUGAAAACCAGUGCUCAACGCAUAAACUUGAAAACUUUUUAUCGCAAUUUUCGAAAUACACCGCUGUCGUUUUUUGAAUUCACAACAAAAACAUCGUUUUAAAUGAUCACACACUUACUAUCCUGAUAUCUAGUGUCCGCAGUGCUCUGUUGUGUGUGUGUGUCCGUAAAUACCUGCCUUCCGUGUCUAUAUCAAAGCUUGAACACGAAAAUCUACCAUUCCAAGAUGGCUUUUGCAAUUAUGAGCCGUGGCUUCUUGCGUACUUCCAGAGAAAUUCUGGAUCGUAGCAUGGCUGUGGGUGGUAUUGCAAUCUCUCAUUGCUGCAAGGAUGCUGAAAUUAAUCAUUCGACCACUGCUUUAGUUCCACAUCGUUCGGCUUGCACUGCACCACCUGCCCAUGCACCGAUUGCCUUGCAUGGAGGCAAUAUUACACCAGUUUGUAAUGGCAGCUAUUGUUUGCUGCAACCAAGACAAGCCAAGCCGUCUCUGGCUAAGCGCCAGAGUAGCACAAAGAAACAGGUGUACACCCAAGCAUCAUCAAAGCGUGACGACGAAAGUGAUAGUGAUUCGGAUUCGGAUGAUGAAUUUGAACGCAAACGUGCGAGCGCACACUCCAAGCAUAGCGAAAGGGGCGAUUCCGAGUUCUGGCGUCGCAAAAUGCGUACGCUUCAUCGCAUACUCGACGUCAAUCGUGAUGGCGUAAUAUCGUUCGACGAUUUCAAAUUGAUUGCCAAACGUUUCACCGACUUGGGUCAUCUUACGCCGGAGACGUCAGCUGAAUUCGAGCAGGUGAUGCGUCAAACAUGGGAGGAGCAAUUUGGUGCAAUAGAUCCUUACAACUUAAUUACUGCCGAGCAGUUUCUAGUUGAAUUGCAUCAUCGACUCAACGACGAGCAGAUGGUAAAACGCAUCGGACGCUUUUUACCGUAUUUAUUUAAGGCUGUUGACUACGAUCACACUGGCCACUUGGAUCUCGAACAGUACAAACUGUUCUUCCGCUGUAUGGGUCUCUCGGACGAAGAUGCAGCUAUAUCCUUUGCUGUGAUAGACAAGAAUGGCGAUGGCCAAUUGUCCUUGAAGGAGUUUCUACAUUUGGGACGUCAAUUUUUCCUCACCGAAGAUGAUACGAAAAUUUCGAAAAUGUUCUGGGGUCCACUCAUCGAUCAUUGACUUGCUGAACAUGCGUACACAGCUGUGUUGGAAUUAUUGUUGCGCGGCAAUGAGAUCGAUAUGGCACGUGCACAAUAUAUUCUCUAUACACUUUGCAUGCAAAAUGUCUCGGAGCAUUUGGGCAUACUUAAUGACGACACAAAUGAAGAAAACCUUUUACUAAGACUAUUUUUCUAUAUUAAUAUUUUAAUUUUAUUAAUAACCAUAACUUGGCGUUCACAAGAACGUAGCGAUUUUAAGCAUUUUAUUGUAGAUCUUAUAAGAAAAUUUAAUGAAUCACGCAGAAAAGCGCGAAAACGAAGGAAAAAAAGGAGAAAAUUAAAAUA